UUAACUUGGUUAACUUAUUUCAUUGGGUAUUCGAUACUAGAUAAUCAAAAUUUCAACCGAAAUUUAGAAGUUGUUAUGUCUGAAGGAAACAACUUUUGAACUGUCUUGAAAACUAAAACAUAACAAAAUUAGUUUUGAUCGUUUUGAUUCAUAAACCCCUUCCCGCACACCAAUACAAUUCACUUGUUGAUAGCGCGCCCCCUGAAAGGAAAACCGUCCACAAAGAAGAAGUUUGAAGACCUCGAUUUGCUAGCGCAGGGAACGAAGGAAGUACAAAAGUCAAAAACAAGGCUGCUUCUUGUUUUGAACUGUGGUAAAAGAUUGAAUAAAAUUGUGUUUUUUUGCUGGUUUGAAACGUUCUAAAACUCGCAGCAAAUUGCGUUGUUUUUUCGGCCCUUGAUAGUACAUUAUUUAUUCAAGUUCGCUGCAUUAGGCACCCCGUCGAGGAACUAGAAAAUCCAUAAUCUAUAACCUUAGUGAUUAUCAUUUUCCAGAGACUGCGAAGGAGAAAAUGGCGAAUAUGGCUGUAUCCCGUAUCAAGCGAGAAUUUAAGGAAGUUCUGAAAAGUGAAGAGAUUGUGCAGUGUUCAAUAAAAUUGGACAUAGUUAACGACAACUUCACUGAGCUGCGCGGGGAAAUCGCCGGCCCGCCUGAUACGCCCUAUGAAGGCGGUAAAUUCUUACUCGAAAUCAAAGUACCCGAAACGUACCCGUUCAAUCCACCGAAGGUUAAAUUCAUCACAAAAAUCUGGCAUCCGAACAUUUCGUCUGUUACCGGGGCCAUAUGCUUGGAUAUUCUGAAAGACAACUGGGCCGCUGCCAUGACACUGCGAACCGUGCUACUUUCGCUGCAAGCAUUACUCGCCGCGGCUGAACCAGACGACCCGCAGGACGCGGUCGUGGCUACCCAGUACAAAGACAACCACGAAAUGUUUAUCCUCACUGCGAAGCACUGGACGAAUGUGUACGCUGGAGGUCCUUGUCGAAAUGUGGACUUUGAUCAAAAGGUGCAACGAUUACGUGACAUGGGCGUCGCAGACUAUGAAGCACGUGCUGCACUUUCGCGACACAACUGGCACCUGGAACGGGCGUCCGAACAAUUGUUUAGUUAGUUUUAUCCAAUCUGGCAUGCUAUUAAUUCUUGUCUUUUAAAGCACUAAAAAUGUUACUUUUGUUCAGUUUGUCGUUGAAAUUAUCCGCGUCGAAGCAAACGAAAAAGGCGUAAUUUGGCUACUAGCGUUCAAAUCAGAAAAAAGGUGAAUUGAAAUAAUAUCCACAUUCUCACUUGAUAAAAAAUAAAACGGUGAAGCAUCAACUGGAAAACAAAUGAAGUGCAUAUAAAAAGCAAGAGCAACUUCCUUUUUUAAAAAGACACAAGUGUUUGUAACAAACGUGUAGAAUCCUGAGCUGCAGCAGAGAAAUGGUGAUAUCACAUUAAAAAUAUGAACAGAACGCAAAACUCGUGAACUGACAUUUUCUAUCCAAUUCAAGUGUUUAUAUUUGGUGGAACGCAAUUCCACCGAUUUCGGUUUGCUUAUCUGUAAUCAUUCACAUUCACACAAUCAUUUAGUUCGAGCCGUGAUUUUGAUAAAUGCUGUUAUGUAAACUGUAAAUUGAGUAAAUUAAGGACAUAAGUAAAAACACAUUUGAGCUAAAAUAGUAUAAAUGACAAUGCGUACGGAAUAAUUGUUGUAUUCUGCCCUUCACAGCCCCAUCAGAUUGCGAUCAUUGCAUUGUUUAAAUGUUAACAAGCUGAUUGAA